GCAACAGUAAGCGUCGUCCUUGGGCAAGUGCCAGACUGAGAUUCAACCGGCACGUUGUCGGGUAGCCUGAUCGGGCGACACAAGAUGGCGAAUCUUCUACACCUUCUCGUUCUUUUCUCCGUCCUCGGCUGUUCCUUUGCAGACCACCCGGGCCAUGUGGACUAUCCCGGCGGGCUGCAGAGCGGGUGCCUGCAGGGAGGGAAGCACAAGGACGCCCCGUCUCCCGAGGAGGGCCUCGGAGUCUGCCGGGACUACUCGGACUCCAGCUGCUGCACGGCAGACAUCCCCUGGCAACUCUCGGUCACCCCCAUCGUCGAGGUGGACGGCUUUCGCUGGGACAACUGUGGCACCCUGAGCAAGCGGUGCCAAGACUUCAUGGUGAACGUGGAGUGUUUCUACCGCUGCUCGCCGUCGCUGCCGACCUGGGCCGCGGCGCACCCGUCCGCCGUCAGAGGCGUGCCUGUCUGCGGGCAGUUCUGCGACGACUGGAUGGACGCGUGUCGGGACGACCUGACGUGCGCGGACAACUGGAUCACCGGCUGGAGGGUACAGGACGGCGAGCUGAACAAGUGCCGCAAGGACGAGAGGUGCCGGAGCUUCGCAGAGGUGUUCAGAAAUGGGCGUGGCCUGUGUGAGAGCAUCUGGGGUCAGUCCUUCACCUACGAGUCCACCUCUGACACGCCAUGUCUGGACUUCCGCUUCCCGCCAAACGAGGGCCAGAUCACGGUCCCAGAACCUGGGACAGAGAGCACCGAGCCGGCGUUCAAGAGACAGGACGAGUGUAUCAUCGACGCCGUUGAUUUUCACAAGAAGAAGCCGUCCCCUGAGCCGAAGCUGAACGUCUGCAGGGACUACCGACAGGACAGCUGCUGCACCACGGAGAUCGACAACGACAUGCUCACCAGGCCCAUCGGCAAGGUCGGGCCGAUGAACUGGGACACCUGCGGCCCUCUCAGCCCAAGGUGUGAAGAAUUUCUGAUUGACUCCGAGUGUUUCUACCAAUGCUCCCCGCUCGUCAACAAAUGGCGCGUUCCUGGUGUUGAUCCCACAGUAGACCCUUUCACGCCGGUGGUAGAAGGCAUCCCUCUCUGUUCUCACUUCUGCGACGGUAUGUUCAACGCCUGUAAGUUCGACCGCACAUGCGCAGUGAACUGGGCCUCGGACUGGGAUUUCUCGACGGGUGAAAAUAAAUGCAAACCGGAUUCCAAAUGCGAAUUCAUCAAGGACGUGUUUCAGAACGCCAAGCACAUGUGCGAGAGCGUGUGGGGCUCGGCCUUCAGGUACGUGUCCAACCGGAACGAGCCGUGCCUGGACCCGAGCGUGCACCCGAACGAACAGGUCACCAAGCCGAGGAAGGGGUCGGUGGCUCCUGCGGAGAGUGAAGAUAAAUGGGGCUGCCUGAAAACCUCGUAUCACAAGAGCGCGCCGAGCCCGGAGCCGGGUCUGCAUGUGUGCAGCGCCUACAGCAUGAACAGCUGCUGUACGGAGGAGAAGGACCGGCAGCUGAGGAUGAGCCCCGUCAUGAAGAUUGACAACUUUUAUCUGGACAGAUGCGGCACCCUGUCUCCCAGGUGCGAACAGUUCCGGUUGGCGCUGAACUGCCACUACCACUGCGACCCAAUGAUUUACCGGUACACCAAGCAGGGCCACACCCGGGACGUGCAGCACGUCCCGAUAUGCUCGACUUUCUGCGACGAUUACUUCGACGCCUGUCGAGAUGACCUGACCUGCGCGGAGAGCAUGGCCACGGACUGGUACUUCACACCUGAAGGGAUCAACAAUUGUAGACCUGACUCCGAAUGUCGCACGUUUGCUGAGGUAUACGUCGAUGGUCGUGGCCUCUGUAACAACCUGUGGAGCGACUCGUACGUGUACUCGGAGGACGAGGACACGUGCAUCAACCUCAACAGCGUGGGGUCCCAGACACGCGCGGGCGAUGCCGAGGAGAACACCCCGCACACGGACCAUCACGCCGACGACGGGCAUCGGCACGGAGACAUGGGCCAGGCCGACAGCGACAGUUGGGCGUGUACCAGGCAUGACCACCGGCACCACAAGGAAUACCCCACUCCGGAGCCCGAUCUCCAGGUGUGCAGUCCCUACACGUACGGCAGCUGCUGCACGGCGGGGCUGGACCGCCAGCUCGCGGUGAGGCCGGUGCCUGGAGUGGACACGUUCUCCUGGAACCGCUGUGGUACCGUCAGUCCCCAGUGUGAGAACUUCCUUAUCGACCUGGAGUGCUUCAACAAAUGUUCCCCCGACAUCGGCCGCCUGUCCGUACCUACCGACACCGGCUCGACCAUCCCCGUCUGCGCAUCCUUCUGUGACCGCUGGUUCGAUGCGUGCAGGAACGACGUCACUUGCGUCGCUAACUGGAGGUCUGACUGGGACAUGGACGACCAGAACAGGAACAACUGUCCUGCAGGAUCAUCCUGUGUGACUUUCGACAAGAUGUACGGGGAUGCCCGGACGCUGUGCGAGACGUUCUUCGGAAGUGAGUUCCAGUACAACAGCACGGAUAGGUGUGUGGACAUCCCCCUCCACUCCUCACCUGUCCAGGACCAAGACGCGGAACACAGCCACGAGAGCCACCAUGAAGAGCGUGGGCACGAGGCGCUCCACUCCGGCCAUGACCACGGAGACGGCGACGUGCACGGGCGCGAGGGCCACCGGUCCGGGGAGACCGGACACCACAGCCACGAGCUCCACCACCCCGGCCACGACUCCAGCCAGCACGGCCAGCAUGGGCACGAGACGCACCAUCCCGCCGAAGCCGAGGGCCACGGGCAUGGGGAGCACCAUCGCGGCCACGAAGGCGCCGAUCAUGGCGAACAUGGGCACGAGGGUCACCAUUCCGGCGAGGACGGUCACGGGCACGAGGCACACCAUCCCGGGCACAGCCCGGACACCCACGGAGAACAUGGGGACGAGGAGCAUCACCAUGGCGACGCCGCAGCCCAUGGGCACGAGAUGCACCACGGCGACCACGGCCCGGCCGCGCACGGAGAGCACGGUCACGCGGCGCACCAUGCCCACGGCCACAGGAGCCACCACGACGACAGGAACGACGUAAGGGCUGUGCAGCCAUUGGCAUGGCCGGUUCAUCAGUGCGUCUGGCAGACCGGCCUCAAGGACCAUGACGGCUGGGUAACGACGUGCAGCUUCAAGAAGAGGCACUACAACAGCGUGCUCCGCCUGGCGUACUCCGGCGGACUCAUCCUCGCCAACUGCACGGAGUGCUGCAAGCGCUGGUACUUCACCAUCAACGGCAUCGAGUGCCAGAAACCGGGCGGCAUCGACGCCAUCGUCAUGAAGAUGGGGCACGAAGGGAACAUGCUGCAUCAACACCAGCAGUUCGAAGGAUUCUGUGACAAGGUGGGUGUGGGAGUGCUUGAUGUGGAACUCCGCGUGCAGGACUGUACGGAGCACAUGCCUCACCACGGGCACAGCGGCGCCACGGAGCCCGGGGACGCCCAGACCGGCGGGCACUGCUUCUCACGGAUCAUUGUCGAGGAGGUCGACAUGAGCCCCUAAAGAUCCACUCUUGUUAUAAUAUGAGUCUUAUCAUAAUACAAUCAAACAGUGCCUUUCUUCGUUGUAGUUUUAGCCGUAUGAUAAUAUUUCUCUUUGCUUUACUGUUUGACCAAAUUUCUUUUUGAUUGUGUUCUACUGUGAGCCUCUUAGCCAACCGUACAGCACUACGAACCACCAAGAGCACAUAAUGGAAGUUUUCCAUUUUAAGACCAUUAGGCAUGAGCCCCUAAAGAUAUCUAUCUUUUAUGAGUCUUCUCGUAAUACAGUAAAGUGCCUUUCUUUGUUGUAGUCUUAGGCGUAUGAUGAUCUUUCUUUUUGUCUUACUGUUUGACCAAAUUUCUUUUUGAUUGUGUUGAUUUGUUUUGUUGUGUCCUUGAUACUGGCGUGUUACUUACAAAUAAUCGAUCACAAAAUAAAUCUCCAGG